AUGCCCAGCCCCGUCUGGUCAGACAAAAGCGCAGCCGCCUACCCAUUCAACCCUAUACUAGCCAGCACUCACCAAGACCCGAAACCACAAUCCCGAAACGCGAACUACAGAAUGCCACAUGGCUUUGACAGACUCCUCCACCAUGAACCAGAGCCACAACCACUCCUCCCACCACCCAGACGACCAUCUACCCAAUCUAGAUACCAUCUCCACAUCCGACAACAGCCCAUCGCCGCACGAGCCUGCGGCGCAGGUGACAGAGACCGCCGUCCCGUCGACCCACCCCCAAUCGUACAGAUCCUCCUCACCGACUUUGACUCCAACUCCCAAGAAGACCGGGAUCUCCUCCAGGACCCCCGUUUCACGGUGGGCUGUCUACUAUUCCCUGUCUCGCCUUCUUUACCAUGGGCCGAACCAACACAUGCACAUCCGCGCGAGCGCGAACGCGAACAGGACCGAGAUCAAGACCGGGACCGGAAUCGGGAUAGAGAGCGAGAACGAGAACGAGAAAGAGAAACAGACGGAAUCGCCCGCACAGACGACAAUUUCUCAACCCCGUUACUAUCUGGCAAAGCCUUCAUGUCCCCCUUCUACGUCGACGCCGACCCAGAUCCUAACUCCGCACCCGCUCACCCAUCCUCCAUAGCCGAUCUGUAUCCUCCCAACCCUCCUCACCAUGUCUACAACCACGCCGCCUCGCGCCUCCACCAGCCAGCUACCUUCUUCAUCUUUGCCGACCUCUCGAUCCGCUCGGCGGGCCUCUACAGGCUCCAGUUCCGAUUGAUGAAUUGGGGUUCUGUUGAGGAUACGGGACAGUCGAUGCCGAUUCUUGCGGAGGCGUGGUCUGAUCCGUUCCGCGUUUAUCCUGCGAAGGAUUUUCCUGGGAUGAGAGAUUCGUCGAUUCUUGCGGAGGGGCUGAAGGAGCUUGGGUUUGUAGAGUUGAAGACUAGGGGCCAUGGGAAGGGGAAGGGGAAGAAGAGGCAGUAA